CUGUGUGCCAGCUUGCUCAGGCUUGCUCUCUUCCACUUUCUACCUCUAGCGUAGCUCUCCUACACGCCCAGCCGGCAGCUCCCACUCAUUUCCUCACACGCUCGUUCAAUACCCGUUCGUCAGCGUGCUUGCACCAACCGGACAACUUCACCAAACGAACCAUACCCUGCCACGAGUAACAAACCGCUGAAUUAUUGACAAGAUGCUCACCUCCGCUGCUUUGAUUGCUGCGGUUGUGACUGCAGUGCCCGCGGCCGCCCAUCUUGCCCCAUGGCAUCCUUCGAUGUAUGGCUUCAACUGGACUCUGCACAAUCCAGGUUGGGCAAACCCCGGCGCGUACGACAACCGUCCUGUUGUCCCCCUCAUGGGGCGCACCUUCGACGACUGGUGGAUGCAUGGUCACAUCGAUCUCCCUCCGAAUCCAGGUGACGUCCUUCAGGUUCCCGCUGGAGGCAAGUUCCUACUCCAGAUGGCGUGCGAUAAGGGUGCAACGGACUACUACGCGUCCAGUGAUGGUGGCGAUAUCCGUGAUGGCGACUGGCCGUGCCCGAACUCGACUUCCGACGAAUGGCACACGAAAGACAUGACUGAUAUCAAAGGGUGCGGGAUCGGUAUCGCCUACAAGUCCGACAUCACUCAGGUCACCCCGGAGGACAUCACUAUCUUCACCGUGAACGUCACCUGCCCAUGGUACCGCUACCAAUGGUUCGAUGUGCCCGCCGACAUGCCGCCAUGCGACAACUGCAUCUGCACGUUUAACUGGAUCCACUCGCCCGAUGACGGCAGUAUGCAGAUGUAUCAGAAUGCCUAUGCCUGCCAGGUCACUAACAGUGGUCCUGGGAAGCAGCUGCAGACACCCCAGGUCGCCCGCAGGUGCGGCUACGACCCUACGACCGGCACACCGGCUGUUCCAAGCAACUGCACGGGCGGCGAGGCAGGAGGCGCGAAGCAGGGGUUGUACUGGCUUCAGGCUGAUGGCAACAACAUGUUUGAAGGCUACUACGAUGCCCCGUAUUACAAUCCCGAAUACGGUUUUUCAGACGGCGCGCAGACCGAUAUCUUCGUCUCUGACGGCGCCGCUUCGACGUCCUCCCUGUCGUCUGACAGCAGUUCUCCCACAUCGACCGCCGCCGCCGAUUCAGGUGCUACGACGAGUGCUGCUGCCCAGCCAACGGAUACAUCCGAUCCCAGCAGCGGCUCGGCCUCCUCCGACUCUGGCGCUGCUAGCCCGACGUCAAGCACUAGCAUGAGCUCGAGCACUGCCGACUCUGCUGCGCCCACCGUCACCCCUGCUGCAGGCGUGGCCGACGCGUCGAACCCAGGCGGCUCGUCUUGCCCCGCUCGCAAGCGCUCGGCGCUCAGUGGGAAGAAGCCUAAGAAGGCGAAAAAGGACGGGAAGAAGACGGGUUCUGGCAAGAGCAAGAAGCGCAACCAUAAUAAGAAGCGCGCGGCUGCGGCUGCUACUAUCCACUAGACUUGCAGUCAGGCAAGGGCAGUGGGCGCCCCUGUCCUCCGGAAGGGCGGGCGCUCGCUGCUGGUUUUUCACUCACUCAACCGAUAUCCACUAGCGCCAGUCGCUGGUUCCGCAUCUCGCAUCUUCACCUAUCGUUGGAUUUUACACUCGGGCGAGUCCCAUCUUCGCACUAUAGCACAACGGAGCAUAUUAUCUCCCCGCCCCCCGCACUGUCUGUCUUGUACGCGCACUAUCUCCUGCUGGGUUCCGGGUUGGGUCGUCGUUUGGAUGGGCUUGUUUGUGGGAGCAUUUGGUGUUGUUUGUUAUCCCUUUUGCAGGCUUUUGAUGAAUAACAAUGUUGGUUC